GGGCGACUCCCACACAGCUCAGGGGUUCUACACGGAUACGUUGUUACUAUUAUUUUGCUGACAUGUUGCUUGUGUUUUUGACAGUUUCCGGUGUCUUCUUUGCCCUUGCAGCUAGUAUACAAACUGAUGUGGUGUGCUAUGGCAAGAGUUGGCAGUUUCCAUCGACUUAUAGACACCUCCUUCAUUAUGGACUAUACUUCACUCAAAGUAAUGGAGGCUCCAUAAAAACUGUGAUAAACAAUGGGAAGAUAUUAGACCCACGCUUCCGAGUCUCUCCUGACUCAAUUUAUCUUAGCGAUGUGACUGAAAGAGAUGAGGGAGUUUAUACUCUCUUACUUGGUGGCUUCAAACCUCUUGAUGUUGUUGACUUGAAAGUGUUGGAAUGUGAUGAAGAGGUCACAAAGGAUUACUUCUCUACGUGGGCAUACUCUAUCCCUAGAGGGGCUGAAUUCCUGGAGUUCACGCCUCUUCACAGUUGGAACCAGGCAAAGAUCCUGUGGAAUCGCACAGACCCUGAGGUCAGAGAAAUCAGGGCACAGGUGGAAAACAACAUCUGGGAGCUUUCUUACCUCACUCAGGCAGACAGUGGCUACUACAGCUUCAGUGAUCAGGACCACUCUGUGCUGGCUAGGGUGCUGCUCAAAGUACAAGAAAUAACAGUACACUAUGACGCAAAGGCGAAUGAGCGCUUCCUUGUUGCAUACCCUCUGGCUGUUAAGAUGUGGUCUGUGACUUUCACGCCCAAUGGAGAAAAGGAACCCAGAACACGGAUGAAUGGCAGUCUGAUCAUAAAAGAUAACUGGUUCUUUGACAGAAUUCAGGCAGUGACACAAGGCAUAGAAAUUGAUCCGGUGGAAAUGAUCGACUCUGGCACAUUCAAGUUCAGAGACCCAGAAGGCAACUUGGCCUUGAUUGCACGGGUGGAAGUGAACGAAGGAUUUAGAUCACAAAUUAUAUUAUUUGCUCUUAUUGCCUUGGUUGCCUUCAUGGUGACUGUCUGCUGUUGGUGCUGUUGUAAAAAAAGGUGCUGUAAAAAGGACAAGUCUGCUCCUCAGACUGCAGCCUCACCUGCACCUGCUGUCUAUCAUCAUAAUGAGAAUCAACCUCAAGGUUCAAUUUAUUCAUCUGAACCACCUCCUCCAUAUUUGCCUUAUCAGCCUGUGAAUUCUCAUGUUUCUGAUCAACCUACAGCUACCUCCCCUGAGCCACCGGCAUACCAUGAAGUGAGUAUCCAUGUGAAUCCCUCUCAGCCUGAGGUUGCACUUCCUGGACGGCCAGGUUCCACUCCAAGUUCCUCAGUCAGAUUGGACUUCCUCGCCUCAGACCCGGAGCCACAGUUUGAAAUGAAAGGAUUAACCGUGCCCUCUGCACCUCCUCUUAGUUCAGAUUCAAGUAGCAUAGAUGUUUAUAACUCAGAAAAACUUAACUUUCUGUAAACAGAGUGCUAAAAAUUCAGGUAGAGUUCAUGUAGAGUUAAAUUCAGAUGUACAGAUUUUGUACGCUCAGAUAUUUUAUCUAUUGUAAGUUAUUCUCUGUUAUCUGUGGUUUGCUUUUCCUAUUUUAAACAUGCAGCAGUUUACUCCCUUUAAAAAAUAAACAAACAAAAAAGAAUGAAAUGAAUAGCAACUGACCUGGGUCACUGAACAGCUGGCAGUAACUAGAUAGUGAGAAACUGUGGAAUCCCAGAUUUCUAGGUAAGGAGCCAGUCUGUUUAUAGUAGCAUUAAUUCUAGGCCACAGCAUUAUUGAUUAGCCUGUGAUGGCAUCUUCUGAUUGGCUGAGCGUUGUCUAACAUGUUGGUCAGGGAUGACUCAUGGCCAUAUAACUUGUCAUUAAGCAAUAUUAAAGCCAUACC